CGCGCUGGUUCUCUCGGCAAGCGCAAUGAAUAUUUUGGAAUUGAAUAGCGAUUGCCUGGGCUAUAUACUGAAUUAUUUGCCCUCGGUCGACUACAAUAAUUUCGCUCAGGUUUGCCAGCAAUUUCGUAAUGUAUUCAUUGAACACUACGGUAAACAAAAUCGAGAGUUUGCGGUAGUCGAAAGCAGCACACGAAGUCAACUGAUUAAAUUCUGCAUUUGUCGCGAGUUAGUUGAGAAUCUCAUCAUUGAUCUGGGUCAUUUUGACACUUCUCGAACAUACCGAUCUUUUGGUUGCCAAACUCCCAUCAAUUGCUUCAGCACACUUUGCUUUGCCUUAGAAGGCAUGAUAAGUUUAAAGAGCUUGCAGAUAAUACAACCCCAAUAUAUGCUGAAUGCGCCAAUUGAAAAGCCGUUUGAGCAAAUUUUUUCAGCACUCAAAAAUUUGAAUGAGCUGAAAAUUCUCGAAAUACGCACCAAAAAUGAUUGGAGCUUUGAUAAUCUGUGGCUACUGCGCCAUUUGGAGGAGCUGCAAUUGUUGGUACCCAAAAUACCUUCAACAGUGCUGGUCAAAUGCUGCAAGUCGAAUCCAAAUCUAAACGUUCUCCAGCUAGGCUAUGACUGUGUGCAGGGCAACUUAAAAGACAUAGUGCCACAUUGCGGCAAACUGGAGACGCUCAAGUUCGGCAUGAUGGCCGAGGCAGCUGCCUAUAAGCCGCUGGCGAAGCUGCCGAAAUUAAAGCGGCUGCUGCACUAUGGCAUUCGACGCAAAGGCUCUUUUGAGCCGGUGCUCAGUGCUUUGGCUAUGAGGCCGCAGCUUCAGCAGCUGGAAAUCGAUGGCGGCAGCCUUAGUCCAGAGGAAAUUCUGCAAAUUGUUCGACUAAGUGGACUGCAGCAAUUGAAAUGCUUUUGUUUGACGGCCGAAUGCGUGGAAAUCCUGUCGCAUCUCAAACAUCUGCAGCAGCUCUCGGUGUGGAUGUCCAGUAGACCCGACAUCUCCAAUGCGCUGCUUAAAGUUGUCAGGGAAUGCAAAGAGCUGCAGUUGCUACGCGUUGCAACUGGAGUUUUGUCAGCGGAUUUUAUCAACGACGUGGCCAAAUUGCUUGCCAGUAAUCGGAGAGAAAUGAUCCAACCACCGCUGCAGCUGGAAAUUCCUAUUCCAACCUAUACGUUGUCUAUUGAUCAAUUCUCGUUUCGAAAUAGUCUGUUGAACUGUUCUCCAUUCGAAGAAGAUUCCUGGAAGCUGUAGCUGACCUUUAAUAUAAUUAAUUAAAGUAGCCAUCUUCAUUAUUCUGACUCAUCCAAUCCGAUAAUGGCCGAGAUGUUUGCAUUUGAUUACAGUCUGAUUGAUUAUUGGCCGAGAAUCAAUUGCACUUGCCACAAGCUGAAUGCACAAUGCAACCGGGUCGAAAUUGAAUUCAAAUUAAUGAGCAAAUAUAUUUUUUAACACUCGCAUUGUUGUUGAUGAGACGUCAGGCGUGAACAAUGCUUAAUGAUGAUGCUGAUGAUUGGAGGAGGAGGCAAAAGGCCAUAAGAUGGCCAAGAGGUGCCAUCGAAUGCAUCAGUUGAGCCGUCAUCGCUUAUUUGUUUCAAUUUAAAACAGUUUUUCUGUUUUUCCGCAUGCUGGGCACGCUUUAACACGUUUACAUUGAAUUAAACGUUGCAGCGAGCACAACACCAGCAACAUUACAGAUAACAACAGCAACGAUAACGCACACAACAAUAACAAUAAGAACAACAAGAACAACAAGACGGGGGAGGGAGCGACAACAGAAGCAGCAGCAGUAGAGUAAAGUGAAAAUCAACAUACAUUGUUGCUGCAAAAAUUUCCUUUUGUGCAAACGCAGAGAGUGCAGUGCAGCAGCAGCAGCUGAAGUCGAAGCCGGAAAGUGAAGUGAAAGAAAAACAGCAACAGGCAGCAAGCAGAAAGCAUCGAGCAAGGAGUAUUCAACAAUGGCAACAAUGCACUUGAGACCAACCUGAUAUGAUAUUAUGCUAUAGUAUAUAUUAUAAUGCGAGAACUUGGCAUUUCUAUUAUGCAAAUCGCAAACAAAAGGGCAAAAGGAAAUUAGAAUGAAUCUUGGAAAUAAUCGCUGCAAGAUGCUAAGCUGAUCAAAUUAUUGAUAACUGAAGUCGUGCCAAGUUGCCAAGUUACUAACCAAGAACUAACUUAAUAUAACUACAAUUUGGUUAAAGCAUUUUACUAGACAAACUAAGUGAGUUGCAGAAAGUUGAAGGUUAAGGAUCGACAACACUGAGAGUCUUAAAUUUUAGCUCAUGAAAUUCAACAACAUCCUGGCAACAGCAUGAAUAUUUUAUGACAAUGUGUGAAGCCGCACAUUAUUCAUUAAAAUUUGCUUCAUCAACAAAAGCAACAACAACAGCAAGUAUGAGCAAAAGAACAACAAGAGAAGGAAGUAAAACAAACAGCGAAAUUGAAGCAAACGAGGCGGCAGUAAAAACUUCCAAUUACUCAAGCGCGUACUCAUCCUUCGACAACGACAACAUCAACUGAGACACACACACACACACUGAUGCACGUGCAAGUAUGCAAAAAAUACUCAUAUGUAUGUGUGUGUGUGAGAGUGCGUGUAUUUGCUUUUAAUAUCCUUUUCUUUGAAUUAUUCAUGUAUACCAUACAACACAGGCUGACCAACAUCAACAACAAUCAGUGGAGUCUGUUGGAUGGCUGGCCAAAGGGUUGCUUUUCGUUUGCUGACGAAAGGGGUUUCAUUUUAUUGUGACUCUCUCGUUUGCUGCUGUUAUUUUUCAAACGCAUACCAAAGGCAAAAACUUAUUAAUUGGCACUUGAGCUGUGGUUACUACAUACACAUACACACACACACACACACACACACAGAGACCAACAGUCUCGGCCUCAUCCCAAAAGCUCGUUGAGCUCGCGCCGUCAUUCAACUUUUUGAGCAGGCAUAAUUUAAGAGAGCGCUCACUUUUUUGGUUUUGUUUUUGCUUCGCCAGCCUCUUUGGUCAUUGGACGCUCAACAUUGCUGGUAAUCCACUCAAAUAGCAAGCAAUAACAACAACAACAUCUACAGACAGCUCAAAGCUGAAAAUGACAGCAACAAGGUUGACGAACACGACGAAGCAACAGUAACAAGAGCAUACUCUACACCAACACUCAUAAAUAAUAACCGCAUUAAAUCAGCGAUCGAUAAAAAAUG